CGUUUGAUUGUGCAGGAGAUCGGAGGGGGGCUACAGGGGAUCAUUUCCAUGGACCAUCUGUCUCGCUGGUUGCGCUCACAACAAAGAAGGACCCAGGAUGGUGUUAGUCCAUGUCGGAUAUCUGGUUCUCCCCGUCUUCGGCUCAGUUAGAAAUAGAGGCUUUUUUUUUCUUUUUCAGGUUGUUCAUGAAAUUAGAAAUUACCCAUAUCCUCAGCUGCAUCUGUUGGCCCUGCAGAGUUUAAAUCCUUCAAGGCACGCCACUGCUGUGCGGGAAAGUUAUGAGGAGCUGUUGCAGCUUGAGGACCGACUGGGAAGUGUCAGCAGGGGAGCAGUCCAGACAACAAUAGAAAGAUUCACUUUUCCACACAAAUACAAGAAGAGAAAACCUCUGCAACUAAAGAUUGGAGAGGAGGAGGAGGAAACAGACGUGGAUGAGAAGUGCACUAUCUGUUUGUCCAUGCUGGAGGAUGGAGAGGAUGUCAGGCGAUUGCCCUGCAUGCACCUCUUCCACCAGGGCUGUGUGGACCAAUGGCUGGCUACCAGCAGGAAGUGUCCAAUCUGUCGGGUUGACAUCGAAACACAGCUGAACCCCGACAGCUGAUGAGAUUUGACUCCUUGUGAUUCACUCACUCUUGUGUGAUUCCUUUCUCUCUUCCAUCCUGGCUUGCCGGUCAGCUCCCACAUGACACAGUCCAUGUGUGCCCUCCAAACCUCCCUCCCCCCACCUUAGUGGGUGCUUUGCCAAAUGUCUCCAGACUUCACGCGGCAAUGAAAAAAAAAA